CGGCGGGUCUGCGGGCCCCAUGGGCGGGUGUGUGGGCUCCCACCACGACUCCUCGGGCAGCCUCAACGAGAACUCGGACGGCACCGGAGUGGCUCUCGGCCGGAACCAGCCCCUGAAGAAGGAGAAACCCAAAUGGAAGAGCGAUUACCCCAUGACGGACGGGCAGCUGCGCAGUAAGAGGGAUGAGUUYUGGGACACGGCGCCGGCUUUCGAGGGGCGCAAAGAGAUCUGGGACGCGCUCAAAGCCGCCGCCCACGCCUUCGAGAGCAACGACCACGAACUGGCACAAGCCAUCAUCGAUGGUGCAAACAUAACACUACCACAUGGUGCUCUUACAGAGUGUUACGAUGAACUGGGCAACCGCUACCAGCUCCCCGUCUACUGCCUCGCCCCACCCAUCAACAUGAUCGAGGAGAAGGGYGACCUGGAGACUCUGGACAUCCCUGACCCCCCUCCCAACUCGGGGCAYGAGUGCCAGCUGCGCCUGCGCCUGUCCACGGGCAAGGACCUGAAGCUGGUGGUCCGCAGCAUGGACACCGUGUACCACAUGAAGCGGCGGCUGCACGCCGUGGAGGGAGUGGAGCCGGGCAGCCAGCGCUGGUUCUUCUCUGGGAGGCCCCUGGCUGACAAAAUGAAACUGGAGGAGCUGAAAAUCCCAAAGGACUACGUGGUGCAAGUCAUCGUGAGCCAGCCCUUAGCAAAUCCCACCCCGGUGGAAAACUGAUUUCUGCUCGUUUGGUCRAUUCUUCUCUUCCUGCGUCUCUGUUGUGGGGUUUGUUUCUGCUGCCCUCUCUUCUUUYGGGGUUGUCCUGCUCGUGGAUGGGUUCCAAGAAAUGACCAGCAAAGCUUCCAUCUGUGAUGGAGAUCUGCAAAAACAGAAAAAUGUAACGUGGCCUCGGGGGUUUGCCUGAUCUGAUAGUGAACACCACCACAGCAAGGGGAGGGAGAAGAGGGAGGGAAGAGAUUGUCCUACACUUAAAUCUGUCACGAUCCUGAGRACUGUCGGUGGUUCCUGAUCCAUGAGGCCGGAGCAACAGAGAGCACUUUGAUUUUAAAACCACCUUCAAACCGAAUCGAU